CCUGCUUGCGCAGCAGUAUUGUAGAAUCAGACCUUUAUUGCCUCAUCUUACUAGCCGUUACCUAGAUUACCAGGGCUGAUACAAUCCCUGUCACCUUUUUAUCUCGUAUUCAAUUGCAUCGCGCCCGUCUGCAAAAUGCUCGAGUUUCCCAAGUCCGACCGUACGGUCCGUGUGCGCAUGGUCGACACAACCACUUUGAUGACAAUCAAGAGUCAAGUCCUCAUCCAACCAGUACAACCCGGUCAUGAAAUCCUCAAUCUCACAGACGUCGCAUUCCUUGUCGAGGAUGAAGUCUCGGGCGAAAAGGUCAUGUUUGACCUCGGCACGCGGAAAGAUUACUGGAAUCUUCCCGCUGUCAUUCGGCAGCAUCUUGACGAAUUAAUUCCCUCGUUGAGAAUCGACAAGGAUGUCACGGAGAUUCUCUCCGAGAGUGGCGUUCCACUAAGUGAUAUCGGCUCCGUCGUGUGGUCGCACUAUCAUUGGGAUCAUAUCGGUAAUGUGGCUUUGUUCCCAUCCUCCACAUCGCUUGUUGUGGGGCCUGGGUUCAAAAGUCACCCCGGCCUAUUGCCUGGCUUCCCAGAUAUCGCCGAUUCUCCUGUCCCGACGGAUGCGUUUAGUAGAAGGGAGGUGGUCGAGCCUGAUUUCGCGACCGGAUUAACCAUUGGAGGUUUUCGCGCGCACGAUUUCUUCGGAAACGGGUCGUUCUAUUUGCUAGACACCCCCGGACACUGCGUUGGACAUAUGUGUGGCCUCGCCCGGACCACGGCAGAAACAUUCCUCUUGCUCGGUGGCGACAUCUGCCACUUCUCCGGCGUCAUCAGGCCAAACGCCGAUCUCCCUUUUCCUGCGGAGAUCCCGACAGAGGUACUCGACAAAGAGUUGCGUUUUCCCAGCCCAUGUCCCUGUAGCAUCUUCACAGCUUGCCAUCCCAGCGCCAAAGUGGACCAGGACAAAACUCCCUUCUAUGAGGUUUCAGGCUACAAAGAAUCCGCCUUCACCGAUCCGGAGCUCUCGCAGCAGUCAGUCAAUAAGCUGCUGGAGUUCGAAAACUCUCCCGAUGUUUUGAUUUGCAUUGCACAUGACUCCGACUUGCCGCGAUAUCUUCCCACGCUCAAUGAGUUCCCUUCUUCCGACCUCAACGCGUGGAAGGAAAAGGGCUGGAAGGCGAAGUUGCGAUGGGGAUGGGUCAACGAGCUACCGCGUGGUGGCCAACCGGGAAGAAAGCCUCUGGUUGAUGGGUACUGGCGUGAUGGGAAGGUUUGGGACGAGGUAGUGGCGACGAUGCAUCGCGAGUGAGAGAAGACUGAGGAGUAUAUGAAGUGCUGGGUAGGUCCUGUUGCAU